CGAACACUUAACCGACCAUUGUGCAGAUCCCUGCCAAAAUCCCAGACGCUUAGGCGAAUCUCUUUGAUCACUUGCCAACUCCCUAGUUGGUCCUUGUGAAAGCCUCAUGCAACUUGGGUUGGGUAUAGGGGCAAAUCGAUCUGUAUUAUGCAAGCAUGCUGUUAAGGUUUCUUGAAUAUGCAGAGCAUAAGGAAGUCUAUCUUGAGACAUAUAAAUUUGAGGUCAACUGAAAGAUGGUUUUUGGCGAGGGAUGAGAAUGUUCAAAUGCAAUUGAGACGCCUUUACUCCUCAACUGAUGCCAGCUCUGAUAUGAUACUUGAUCGAGUAACUGGAUUGGUGAAGAAUUAUAAUAGGAUUAAUGCUUCUAAGGUUACUGAAACAGCUGACUUUCAGAAAGACCUGAACCUUGACAGCUUGGACAGGGUAGAGCUUAUUAUGGCUCUUGAAGAAGAAUUUUCCAUCGAAAUCCCUGAUGAGAAAGCAGAAAAGCUAACUUGCUGUGCUGAUGUUGCAAAAUACAUAUCCUCUGAAUCUUCUCAGAAAGUUGUUGAAAAGCCCUGACUUCUAGGCAAUAUUCCUUGGGCAUGGUAUUCAAAUGUUUCAUAUCUGAGGUAUCAGAGUUUCUUUUAAGUUAGCCAAGUUGCAACUAUGUGUGUUGGUUGACCUAUCUGUUGCUUCAACAAGGUAUUUUGUUGUUGGAAUAGAUGAAGACUUAAAGAUCUUAGUGAUUGUUUUUUUGUUGAAGAUAGGUCAGCCUGGCUGGAAUACUCUGUUGACCUUUAAAAUGUUUCAUAGAUGCAGUGAUUGGAAGAAUACCACGUAUGGAAAUCAUUUAAUCUUGAGAUGUAUGAGCUUAUCAAAGAUUGGCGUUUGCAUAAUUUUACUUGUUCAUUGAUAAUAGUAGCAAAUGAAUCAAUUUAGAAUCA